AGAAUACCUAAAGAGUUUAUUACUAAUCGUAAUAAACUAUUUACGUCUAAAUACUGGAGUAUAUUUCUAGUAAAUAUACAAAUCUACUCUAUUUUUUAUAAGAAACUUCUAGAACUAGCACCUCUAGAUACUAAGCUAGUAAUAAAUAUAGAGCUUAAAGACGACGAGUAUAAGAUUAAAGAAAUUAAGAACCUAUAG